UCCGAGAGGAGGGGUGGGGAGGGGGGUGUUCCAGCCCGAGCCCCAAGCAGUGCAGCUGCUGCAGGGGGACUAGGGGACCUCCCGCUGCACGUCCCCACCAUCGCUGGGGUUUCUGUUUUAUUUAUUGGAGGGGAAAGAGGGAGGAAACCAGCCCCCCAAGGUCUCCCCAUGUCCCCCUCUCCCCUUUUCCCCCUUUCCCCUUGUGUCACCUCAGUAGGUAUCUGCUUUCCCUCACCCCGAUGAGAGCCGCUUGCCUCCUCCGACUCUGACAAGACACCAGGAAACCAAGAUGGACUACAGAUCCUCCUUCAGUGGAGUCCCAAGGUUUUUAACCCGACCGAAGGCCUUUCUGGUAUCUGUGGGGAAGGAUGCCACCCUGAGCUGCCAGAUCAUUGGAAACCCCGUCCCAGUGGUGAGCUGGGAAAAAGAUAAACUUCCCAUCCAGUCUGGGGGGAGGUUUAAAACGGUGGAAGAUGGAGAUCUAUACCGGCUCACCAUUUACGACCUCAGCUUGGACGACAGCGGCCAGUACAUCUGCAGGGCCAGAAACACCAUUGGGGAAGCUUUUGCCGCAGUCAGCAUCAAAGUCGGGGAGGAGACCACCGUGACAGCAUUCGCCCCAUACUUCAUCCAGAAACCCUCCUCCAUCAGAGUCACUUUGGGGGAAGAUGCAACGUUCAGGUGCAAAGUCCAAGGCAGCCCACCACUCUCUGUGAACUGGGAGAAGGACGGGAGGCAUCUGCGGGGCCGAUCGGACUCCAAGCGCUUCCAAGUCGAGUCUGCCGGGGAGUCAAACGCUCUCACGAUCCAGUGCGCUCGGCUGGGGGACAGCGGGACAUACACAUGUCGAGCGGAGAACCCCAUCGGCCAAGCCAGCGCUACUGCCGCGCUGGUGGUGGAGACGCAGGGUCCUUGCAACCUGGACAGCCCCAGCCAUUUAGACACAGGCUAUGGCAAGACUACCUCUUUGCUGUCGCAUUUGCAAAAGCGGCGGGAGGAAAUCAGGAAGACGGAUCUAUCCAUCUAUGGAGUCACGGAUACCCAUUCAUACUCAGCCACAGAAGGGCUGUCCGGUAUUGGCUACAGCCUGUCUUUAGACUACGAGAGGGCUGCUAGCCUGACCACCAAAGCAGCUCGAAAUGCCACCUUCAGCGUGACGACCCGCACGUGCAAUGUGACAGAGGGGAAGCAUGCCAAGCUGAGCUGCUACGUGACGGGAGAGCCCAAGCCUGAGAUCGUGUGGAAGAAGGAUGGCGAGGUGAUUAUGGAAGGGCGCCGGCACAUCAUCUAUGAGGACGAGCAGGAGAACUUUGUGCUGAAGAUCCUCUUCUGCAAACAGAUUGAUAACGGGCUUUACACGUGCACGGCCUCCAACCUGGCAGGACAGACCUACAGCUCCGUGCUAGUGGUUGUCAAAGAGCCUGUGGUUCCUUUCAAGACAAAGCUGGAGGACGUUGAAGUUCAGGAGAAAGAGUCUGCCAUGUUCCAGUGCGAGGUGCCUGUUCCAAGCACGGAGACCGCCUGGUUCAAGGAGGAGACCAAACUCCAGCAGAGCAAGAAGUACAACAUCGAAGAAGAGGGAACGUACCGCCGGCUCACCAUUCAGAACGUCACCACGGACGACGAUGCUGUCUAUAUCUGCGAGAUGAAAGAAGGGAGCAGGACCAUUGCAGAACUGACCGUCCAAGGGAACAUCAUUAAGAAGCUGCCACGCAAGACUGCAGUUGGGGUAAAUGAUACGGCGAUAUUCUGCGUGGAGCUGGACAACGAGUGUCAGAACGUCUGCUGGCUGAAGAAUAAGGAAGAAUUGAAGCCCAGCAACCGAAUCUACAUCACCUCAUCGGGCAAGCAACAUACCAUGAUCAUCCGAGACUGCAAGAUGGAGGAUGCUGGAGAGAUUGCAUUCCUGGCAGAAGAAUGCAGAACAUCCACCCAGUUCGCUGUCUGCACUCCCAGGAAGCCUCCCUCCCAUCCUCCAACUAACCCUGUGGUGAAAAAUAAAACAGAAACCUCAGUGACGCUAGCUUGGUCCCCACCCAAGACAGACCGCCCCAUCCCCAUUGACGGCUAUGUCGUAGAACGCAAGAAACUGAUGGGCUUCACCUGGAUGCGGUGUCACGAGUCUCCCGUCCCCGUCCCCGAAUUCACAGUGAGCGACCUGUCGGAAGAGGGAGACUACCAGUUCCGCGUUUCUGCUGUCAACAGCUACGGGCAGAGCCCUUACCUGGAGUUCCUGGGAUCCCAGCACCUGGAACCGGUCCCGGCCGUGCGAACUCCACUGACAGCUGUCGAAGCCAUAGCAGGAGGGAAUGCUACCUUUUCUAUUGACCUCACAACCAUUUGUUCUGGCACAUGGUACCUUAACAGCAAAGCCUUAGAGAGCAGUGACAUCUAUAUCAUUAAGAGAACCAAGACCACCCACAUCCUCAUCAUAAAGAACGUGACCAAGAAGGACGAUGGGGCGGAGGUGAAGUUUGUCGCCAACAAUGUUGAAAGCAGUACCAAGAUGAGAAUAAGAGGCGCUGCAGUAAGAAUCACUAACAAGAGCGGAGAUGUAGAGAAAGUCUCUGCUCGGCUGCACGAGGAGGCCCAGCUGCGGGCAGAGCUCUCGGACGCGGCAGCCGCCGUGACGUGGCUCAAGGAUGGGAAGGAGCUCAAGGCCGGGCAGAAGUAUGACCUGCAGACGGCAGAGAAGAAACGCGUCCUGAAGAUUCGCGACGUUGCAGCGGAGGAUGCGGGGCUGUACGAGUGCAUCUGCGAAGGAGAUCGAAUAGUCUAUCAGCUGUCUGUGAAAGCUCUUGCGCACUUUAUAAACAAAGAGAAAGCCGGCGGCAUUAUCAAAGCCGUACCUGGAAAGCAGGCUGAGCUUAUUUCAGAGACCUCCGAAGCGAACAUCAUGGUCGAGUGGUACAAAGAUGGCAAAGCCAUCCGCCACACCAAGAAGUUCACCAUGGAAGACAAAGGGAAGUCGCACAAGCUCCUGGUCUCUGCUGUAACGAAAGAAGAUGAGGGAACAUACACGUGCAAAGUUGGAGAAGACACGCUAGUCUUCGAUUUAAAAGUCUCGGAUGAAGCUGUUAAGUUUGUCAGGAAGCCUACAGAAAUCCCCGAAAUUUCCAUCCGUCCUUCUGAGAACCUGGAGCUGGCGUGUGAAGUGUCAGUGGCAAGCGGAGCUGUGGAGUGGAGGAAGGAUCACGCUGAGAUGAAGCCGGACCAGAGAACGGCCAUCACCGCUCGGGGAACACAGCGCAAGCUCGUCGUCAAGAACGUGACUCAGCACGACCAAGGAAGCUACACCUGCGAAACCAAGGAUGACAAAGUGACAUUCCAAGUCCAAGUCCAAGAGACAGAAGAGGUGUUUGCAAACAAGGAGAAGGUGCAGAAGGAGGUGAAGGCCACCCUCAAGGAGAGUGCCACCCUGAGCUGCGAGGUGGCCCAGGCCAAGACCGAAGUGAAGUGGUGCAAGGAUGGGAAACUGGUCACCGCCAGCAAGAAAUUCAAGGUGGAGUCCGAGGGCAAAUCCCGGCGCCUGGUCGUGGAGCAGGUGGAGAAGAAAGAUGCUGGAGAAUACACCUGUGAGGCGGCCGGCCAGAAGCUGACCUUCAAGGUCACUGUCACAGAAGUUGAAGAUGUGUUUGCAAACAAGGAGAAGGUGCAGAAGGAGGUGAAGGCCACCCUCAAGGAGAGCGCCACCCUGAGCUGUGAGGUGGCCCAGGCCAAGACAGAAGUGAAGUGGUACAAGGAUGGGAAACUGGUCACCGCCAGCAAGAAAUUCAAGGUGGAGUUCGAGGGCAAAUCCCGGCGCCUGGUCGUGGAGCAGGUGGAGAAGAAAGAUGCUGGAGAAUACACCUGUGAGGCAGCCGGCCAGAAACUAACCUUUAAGGUCACGGUCACAGAGCAUGAGGAUGUGUUUGCAAACAAGGAGAAGGUGCAGAAGGAGGUGAAGGCCGCCCUCAAGGAGAGUGCCGCUCUAAGCUGCGAGGUGGCCCAGGCCAAGACCGAAGUGAAGUGGUGCAAGGACGGGAAACCGGUCACCGCCAGCAAGAAAUUCAAGGUGGAGUCCAAGGGCAAAUCCCGGUGGCUGGUCGUGGAGCAGGUGGAGAAGAAAGAUGCUGGAGAAUACACCUGUGAGGCUGCCAGCCAAAAACUGACCUUCAAGGUCAUCGUCACAGAAGUCGAGGAUGCCUUUGUAAACAAGGAGAAGGUGCAGAAGGAGGUGAAGGCUGCCCUCAAGGAAAGCGCCACCUUGAGCUGCGAGGUGGGCCAAGCUAAGACAGAAGUGAAGUGGUACAAGGACAAAAAACUGAUCACUGCCAGCAAGAAAUUCAAGGUGGAGUCUGAGGGCAAAGCCCGGCACCUGGUCGUGCAAGAGGUGGAGAAGAAAGAUGCUGGAGAAUACACCUGUGAGGCAGCCGGCCAGAAACUAACCUUCAAGGUCACCAUCACAGAACCCGAAAUUGUGUUUGCAAACAAGGAGAAGGUGCAGAAGGAGGUAAAGGCCACCCUCACAGAGAGCGCCACCCUGAGCUGCGAGGUGGCCCAGGCCAAGACCGAAGUGAAGUGGUACAAGGAUGGAAAACUGGUCACUGCCAGCAAAAAAUUCAAGGUGGAGUCCGAGGGCAAAUCCCGGCACCUGGUUGUGCAAGGGGUGGAGAAGAAAGAUGCUGGAAAAUACACUUGUGAGGCUGCAGGCCAGGAGUUGACCUUCAAGAUUGAUGUCACAGAGCCAGAAACAGGAUUCAUAAACCAGGAGAAGGUGCCGAAAGAGGUAAAGGCUGCUCUCACGGAGAACACCAUCCUGAGCUGCGAGGUGGCCCAGGAGAAAGCUGAAGUCAAAUGGUACAAGGACGGGAAGCUGCUCAUCCCCAGCAAGAAAUUCAAGCUGGAGUCAGAAGGCAAAACCCGACGUCUGGUUGUGCAGCAUGUGGACAAGAGAGAUGCUGGAGACUACACCUGUGAGGUUGCGGGCCAAAAACUGACCGUCAAGGUUGAGGCAGUCGAAGCUGAAGCAAAAUUCCAAAAGAAACUUGUCCAGAAGGAGCCCAUCGUUGUUCAGGAACAUGACAGCAUCACGCUGGCCACUUCAGUAACUCCUGAAACUUCUGCAGUUAAGUGGCUCAAGGAUGGGGCUGAGAUCAGGGGAAACAAGAAAUAUGAAAUCAAGAGUGAUGGGGCCUCCAGGACACUGAUUGUGAAGGUGGCUGAGAGCAAGGACACUGCCGUCUAUACCUGUGAGACCAAGAGUGACAAGCAGGAGUUCAAAGUACAGGUGAAAGAAAUCCCUGUGAAGUUUGCAAAGAAACCGGAAGCCAUGACUGCUGAGAUUGGAGGGAGCCUCUGCCUGACCUGUGAGCUGAGCCAACCCAAGGGGAAAGUGGUGUGGCGCAAGGGCGGCACGGAGGUCAAAUCCAACAAGCGCUUUCAGAUCCGGGAGGACGGUGUCAAGCGGAUCCUGACCAUCACAGGACUUAGGGCUGACGACGAGGGAGAGUAUACCUGUGAAUCCCGAGAUGACAAGAGCACUGUUAAGGUCACUCUCACAGUCCCCAGAGUGGUGAAGUUCACUACAGGCCUUCUCAACACGGUGUGUGAAGAAGGAAAGGAGGCCAACUUCAAAUGCACCGUCUCUCCCAGUGAUGCUGUGAUUACAUGGCACAGGAAUGGGGUCAAAAUUGAAGCCAGCAAGAAAUAUGUGAUCUCUCAGAAGGACUCAAACCACAGCCUCACCAUCACUGACUUGACCAUGAAGGAUGCUGGGGAAAUCUCAGCCGUAGCUGAGGGUGUGGAAACCAAAGCCACCCUCAAGGUCCGAGAGGCACCGGCGCUGUUUAAGAAGAAACUGGAGACCAGAACAGUUGUAGAGCUGGACACGGUGACUCUGGAGGUGGAGCUGACCAAGCCUUCAGCGGUGAAAUGGAUGAGGAACAGCAUCAUGCUGCAGCCGGGCGGAAACCUAGAGAUCACGGCUGAGGGGACAAAGCACAGCCUGACAGUGAAGAACAUCACCUUUGCAGACCGGGGCUUCUACUGCUGCGAGGUUCCUGAGGACAAGACCCAAGCCAAGCUGAAUGUGGAAAUGAGGCAAAUCAGUCUGGUGAAAGGCCUGAAGCCAGUGGAAGUCUCUGAAAAUGGAACAGCCACCUUCGAGGUCGAGCUGUCUCACGAGGACGUGGAAGGAACCUGGAUGAAGGACAGCGUGAGGCUGAAACCAGGGGCAAACGUUGAAAUGAGGGUCCAGGGGAAGAGGCAUUUCUUGAAACUCUCUUCCUUGAAGCUGGAAGACGCGGGCCUCGUCUCCUUCAAGGCAGAAGGCAUCCAUACAUCAGGGAGACUCACUAUAAAAGAAUUACCUGUGAAAAUAAUCCAGCCUCUGACAGAUGUGCAAGCCAUUGCCAAGGAGGAGGCAAAGUUUGUGUGUGAGCUCUCCAGGUCUAAUGCAGCUGUCAAGUGGUUGAAGGAUGGAUCUGAGUUACGGCAAGGUAAAAAAAUGGGAAUUACUUCCCAAGGAACUAAGCGAAGCCUCAUUAUUCACAAGUGUGAAUGUGAUGACCAAGGAACCUAUGUGUGUGAUGCAAGGGAUGACAAGACUUCAGCUAACCUAAGGGUCCACGCCCGAGAUAUCAAGAUCAUUAAACCACUGGAAGACGCGGAAGUGAGUGAAAAGGAAAGCGCAACUUUUGUGUGUGAGAUCUCGCAUGAUGAGGUUCAAAUCCAGUGGUACAAUAAUGAUGUCAAACAGAAGGCCAGUGACUACAUCAAGAUGCGUCAAGAUGGAAGGACCCAUUCAUUGAGUUACUUGCUUUGCCAUAUGGAAGAUGCUGGAUUGAUCAAAUUUGUAGCAGAAAACGCAGAAUCUCGAGCACACCUGAGAGUUAACGCACUGCCUAUAAAAAUCCUGAAGCCGUUGCGGAAUAAGAUUGCUUUGGAGAAACACCGGGGUUACCUGGAGUGCCAAGUGUCUAGCCCCACUGCCCGUGUUAAGUGGUAUAAAAAUGACAUCGAGAUCUGCCCUGGCCAUAAAUUCGAGUUUGUGAGUGACGGCGUGUACAGGACACUCAUCAUAAAUGAUGCGACUUUUGCAGAUGAGGACGUUUACACGUGCGAUGCCAUCGAUGACAAAAGCAGCGCUUAUUUCUAUGUGGAAGAGCAAUCCAUCAAUAUUGUAAGGGAGCUGACUGAUGUGGACGUGACAGAGCCAUGGGAAGCUAGGUUUGAGUGUGAGAUUUCCAUCCCAGCUGUGAAAUCUGCCAAAUGGUUGCUAGAUAAGCAAGUCUUGCAGGCUGGCAGAAACAUCACCAUUGAGCAAGAAGGCACCGUCCAUCGGCUGAUUCUGUGGAAGACCAGUGCCGACAUGACGGGCACCGUUCAGUUUGCAGCCGGCAAAUCAAAAUCCACGGCUAACCUGCUUGUAAGAGAACUCAACGUGCAGAUCACCCGGAAGCUGGAAGACAAGACUGUCUUGGAGCGCCGGUCCGUCAUCCUGUCCUGUGACUUCAAGCCUUCUCCAAAGAUAAUAGAGUGGUUAAAGGAUUACAUCCCCAUUGAACCCUCUGACAAGUACAAGAUCACCCGGGAAAAGCACUCGGCAGAACUCAAAAUUGUCAAAGUGAGGCCUGAAGAUGCCGGCGUGUAUACGUGCAAACCCGGAAACGCAGUGACCGAAGCCACGCUGACCGUGGAAGCUCGGAUGGUGGAAAUAAUUCAACACCUGCAGGACGUGGAGGUCGAGGAGGAGGACUGCGUUAUCUUCUCCUGCGAGCUGUCUCAUGACGAUGAGGACGUGGAAUGGUUCCUCAAUGACACCCUCCUCUACAGCAACAAUUACAAUGAAAUCAAGCAGAUCGGAAGGUGCCACACGCUGACGAUGAAGCAGGUGAAACCGGAGGACGCGGGAACAGUGACCAUCAAAUCUGAGAAGAUCUCGGAGAGCGCUCAGCUGAAGGUGAUAGAGAAGCUGGCCGUCUUCAUGAAAUCCUUGGAUGACGCUGUUGUUGAGGAGCGUGGUGUACUCAAACUGGAAUGCGAGGUCUCCAAACUAAAGGUCAAACCCAUCUGGAAGAAGGACAAUGUCGAGAUCAGCCGUGGUGACAAGUAUGAGCCAAUGCAAGCUGGGAAGACCCUGUGCCUUGUUAUCCGUGAUGUGACCAAAGACGAUGCUGGUAUAUACACGUGCGAUAUUGGUACCGAUGUUGCCAAGUCAAAAGUCAGCGUUCAGGAGCUGAAUAUCGGUAUCACUAAACGCCUGAAGAACACUGAAGUCCUAGAAGGAGAGGAGUGUAGUUUUGAAUGCAUUUUGUCCCAUGAAAGCGUUGGUGAAUUCCAGUGGACAUUGAACGGGACUAAAGUAGAAAGCGGGGGAAGGUUUAGGACCCCUAGCAAGGGUCGAAAAUACAACCUCAACAUCAAAAAAGUGGUUGCAACUGAUGCUGGAGAAGUGGUCUUCACGGCUCGUAACUUAAUUUCCAAGGCCUUGCUGAUUGUGAAAGAAAAAACACCUGAGAUUUUAAAGGACCUGGAGGAUAAGAAAUCAUCUACAGGCCAAGAUGUCAGCCUGAGCUGUGAAUUUUCCAAACCCAAUGGAAACAUGAAAUGGUUCAAGGAUGGCAAAGCUAUCCGGAAAAGCCAGAAAUAUGACCUGCAUCAGGAUGGGGCACGGUCCAUACUGAUCAUCCACGACGUCACCACAAAGGACGCGGGGGAGUACUCGUGUGAGAUGGACGACUCUAAAACGAAAGCGCUGCUCACGGUGGAAGAUAAACCCAACUUUUUUGUCACGGAGCUUUCAGACCUGCGGGCCGAAGAAAAAGGCGCAGCUGUUUUCACGUGCCAGACGAAGAAAACCGCCCCCACGGUGACCUGGAGAAAAGGGACGGCAGAGCUCAAGGCCAGCAAAAAAUACGAGAUCAGGCAAAAAGAGGAGCUCCUCCAGCUCACCGUGAACGACCUCGAGAAAAGCGACAGUGACACCUAUACCUGUGACAUCGGUGACGUCCAGUCCAGAGCCAAGCUGGCCGUGCAAGCCCUGCCCGUCCUUUUUAAGCAAAACCUGCAGAACACGGAAACAGAAGAGGGGAGCACAGUGGCUCUGCGCUGCGAGCUCACUAAACCCAAUGCCCCAGUGGUGUGGAAGAAGGCAGGAGCUGCCCUUCAGGCAAACGCCAAGUACGAGAUGAAGCAAGACGGUUCGGUGGCAGAGCUGGUGAUCCACAAUGCCAAGUCUGAAGAUGCAGGAAGGUACACCUGCGAUACCGGAGACCAGCAGACGACCGCUCAAGUCCGAAUCCGUGCCCUGCCUGCGGUCAUCAAAGAGGAGCUGAAGAACGUGGAAGCCACAGAAGGCGGCACAGCCACCCUGCGCUGCGAGCUGAGCAAGUCUGCCGCCGUGGAGUGGAAGAAGGGGCCCAAGGCUCUCAGGCAAAGCGGCAAAUACCGCAUGAAGCAAGAAGGCACGUCUGCUGAGCUGGUGAUCCGUGAUCUGGACCUAAAGGAUGCCGGAGAUUACACCUGUAUAGUUGGAGACCAAAAAACCACAGCAGCCUUAUCAGUAAAUGCCCUCCCCGCACGCUUCAAAAAAGAGCUGAAGAACGAGGAGGCCACGGAGAGUGGGACAGCCACUCUGCAGUGUGAGCUGACCAAGGCCGUGGACUCAGUCGAGUGGACGAAGGAUGACAAGGUGCUCAAACCGAGUGGCAAAUACCGAAUGAGACAAGAAGGUCGUUUUGCUGAGCUGAUUAUCCAAGAUCUAGAUUUAAAGGAUGCUGGAAAUUACACAUGCGUCUGUGGCGGCCAGAAGACAACUGCUGCUUUAACAGUAAACGCCUUGCCUACCCUCUUCCAAGAAGAACUGAGGAGCACAGAGGCUAAAGAGGGCGAGGAAGUCACUUUGCACUGCGAACUGAGCAAGUCUGCCCCCGUGGAGUGGAGAAAGGGGCAUCAGGCUCUGAAACCCGGGGACAAAUACAAAAUGAAGCAAGAGGGUCCCUUUGCUGAGCUGGUGAUCCAGGAUUUGGAGUUGACGGACACCGGCAACUACACCUGCGUGUGCGGAGACCAGAAGACUUCAGCCACCUUGACAGUGAAUGCCCUGCCAACGCUUUUCACCAAAGAACUGAAAAACGAAGAAGCUACAGAGGGUCAAAGUGCCACCCUGAGCUGUGAACUGAACAAGGCUACUGCAAAAGUGGAGUGGAAAAAGGGACACAAGGCCCUUAGACCAACAGACAAGUACAAAAUGAGGCAAGAAGGGGCUGUUGCAGAGCUGAUCAUCCAAGACCUGGAGCUGACGGAUGCUGGAAAUUAUAUCUGUGUGUGUGGAGACAAGCAGACUAUGGCAUCUGUAACAGUACACGCCCUGCCUGCAUUUUUCAAAGAAGGAUUAAAAAACAGGGAGGCCACAGAAGGUGCAACAGCCACUCUUCACUGUGAGCUGAGCAAAGCUGCUGUCCCAGUGGAGUGGAAAAAAGGGCACAAAACACUCAAACCAAGUGACAAGUAUCGACCGAGACAGGAAGGUGCCGUGGCAGAACUGACCAUCCGUGAUCUACAUGUGGAGGAUACGGGAGAUUAUACCUGUGCGUGUGGAGACCAGAAGACCUCUGCUGUCUUGACAGUCCACGCUCUGCCCGCGCUGUUCACAAAAGAGCUCAGAAACGAGGAAGCCACAGAAAGCGGGACAGCAACUCUGCGCUGUGAGCUCAGCAAAGCCACUCCCGUAGAGUGGAUGAAGGAUCAAAAGGCGCUCAAGUCUAACGACAAAUAUAAGAUGAGACAAAAGGAUGUCACGGCUGAGCUGACGAUCCACGACCUGGAGGAACACGAUUCUGGAGAUUAUACGUGCAUAUGUGGAAACCAGAAGACCACUGCAUCCUUGACAGUUCAUGCCCUCCCUCUGCGUUUCAAGAAGGAAUUGAAGAACUUGGAAGCCACCGAAAAUGGGGCGGCCACUCUGCGCUGUGAGCUGAGCAAGCCUGCUGCUCCAGUGGAGUGGAAGAAGGGAGACCAAGUGCUCAGGUCCAAUGAAAAGUUCACCAUCACACAGGAUGGCGCAGUGGCCGAGCUGGUGAUUCAUGAUUUGGAUCCGACAGAUGCCGGAAACUAUACGUGCAUGUAUGGAGAUCAGCAAACCAGAGCUGCCUUGACCGUGAAUGCCCUACCUGCACAUUUCAAAGUGGAAAUGAAGAAGGAGGAAGCCACGGAAGGGGGCACAGCCACCUUGCACUGCGAGCUCACCAAGGCUGCUGCAGUGGAGUGGAAAAAGAAACACAAGGUGCUCAAACCAGGUGACAAAUAUACCAUGAGGCAGGAAGGCGCCACUGCCGAACUAGUGAUCCAUGAUUUAGAGGUGAAGGACUCUGGCGAUUAUACUUGUGUAUGCGGAGACAAGAAGACAACGGCCGCUUUGACCGUGCACGCCCUGCCGGCUUUUUUCAAAGAAGAAUUAAAACGCAAAGAAGCCACAGAAGGUGAAGUGGUCACUCUGCGCUGUGAGCUGAGCAAGGCUUCUCCUGUGGAGUGGAAGAAGGGGCACCGGGUCCUCAAACCAAGUGACAAAUACAAAAUGAGGCAGAAGGACACCACGGCAGAGCUGGUGAUCCACCAGGUGGAUGACAGCGAUGCUGGUGAUUAUACCUGCGUGUGCGGAGACCAGCAGACCACCGCUGCCUUAGCAGUGCACGCCCUGCCUGCGCUCAUCAAAGAGGAGCUGAAGAACGUGGAAGCCACGGAAGGCGGCACAGCCACCCUGUGCUGCGAGCUGAGCAAAGUCGCUCGAGUGGAGUGGAUGAAAGGGAGCAGCUUGCUCAAAGCUGGUGACAAGUACAAAAUGAGACAAGACGGUGCCACGGUGAAACUGCUUAUCCAUGAUGUGGACCCAAAGGAUGCUGGAGUUUACACCUGCGUGUGUGGAGAUCAGAAGACAACGGCUGCCUUGACAGUGCACGCCCUGCCUGCACUUUUCAAAGAAGCACUGAAAAACCUGGAAGCCACCGAAGGUGAAACAGCCACUCUGCACUGCGAGCUGAGCAAGCCUGCUCCGGUGCAGUGGAAGAAAGGGGUCAAAAUACUUCACGCGAGUGAAAAAUACAGCCUGAAACAAGAUAAUGUAACUGCUGAGCUGAAGAUCCAUGACUUAGGUCUGCAGGAUACAGGAGACUACACAUGCGUGUGUGGCGAGAAGCAGACCAGAGCUACCCUGACAGUGAAUGCCUUGCCCGUGCUCUUCAAGGAAGAACUGAAGGAGGCGGCAGGUACGGAAGGAGGAUCUGUCUCCCUGCACUGUGAGCUGACAAAAGCUGCUCCGGUAGAGUGGAAACUAGGGCAAAACGUGCUCAAAGCAAGUAGCAAAUAUCAAAUGAGGCAGCAAGGUACCGUGGUCGAGCUGGUUAUUCAUGGAGUAGAGCUGAAGGAUGCUGGAGAUUACACCUGUGUGUCUGGUGACCAGAAGACGACCGCUGCUUUAACAGUACAUGCUCUUCCUGCUCUUUUCAAAGAAGAAUUAAAGAGUAAAGAAGUCAAAGAAGGAGGAGAGACCGCUCUGUCCUGUGAGCUGACCAAAGCUGCUCCCGUGGAGUGGAAGAAAGGGGGCACGGUGCUCAGAGAAAGUCAGAAAUACAAAAUGAGACAGGAAGGUGCCCUGUCCGAGCUGGUUAUCCGCACGCUAGACGUGAAGGACACUGGCAACUAUACGUGCGUAUGUGGAGACCAGCAGACGACGGCCACCUUAACCGUAACGGCCUUGCCAGCGUUUUUUAAGGAAGAGCUAAAGAAUAAGGAAGGUAAAGAAGGUGGAGAAGCCGCUUUGCACUGUGAGCUGACCAAGGCUGCACCCGUAGCCUGGAAGAAAGGACACAAGAUUAUCAAACCCAGUGAGAAGUACAAAAUCAGACAGGAAGGUGCCACUGCAGAGCUGGUGAUCUGUGAUCUCGAUGAGAAGGAUGCAGGAGAUUAUACCUGUGUGUGUGGAGAAUAUCAGACCACAGCUGCCUUGACAGUGCAGGCUCUGCCUCCAUUUUUCAAAGAGGAAAUGCACAGCAAGGACGCCCGCGAAGGUGACACAGCCACACUGCGCUGUGAGCUGAGCACGGCUGCUGCCUCGGUGCGGUGGAUGAAGGGACACCAGGUGCUCCAGCCAGGCAGCAAGUACACGAUGAGACAAGAAGGCUGCAUUUCAGAGCUGGUGGUCCACGAUAUCCAUCUGAAGGAUAUAGGAGAUUACACCUGUGUGUGUGGAGACCAGAAGACCACAGCUGCCUUAACAGUGCAUGCCUUGCCUCCUGUGUUCAAGAAGGAACUGCAGGACUUGGAAGCCACAGAUAGUGGUGCUGUCACGCUGCGCUGCGAGCUGACUAAGGCUGCUCAAGUGGAGUGGAAGAAAGGGCACCAAGUGCUCAAAGCAAGUGAGAAAUACCAAAUGAGGCAGGAUGGGGCCAUCGCGGAGCUGGUUAUUCAAGAGCUAGACCUAAAAGACACUGGGGAUUACACCUGCUUGUGUGGAGACCAGCGGACCGCGGCCACCUUAACAGUGAAUGCCCGGCCAGCCCUGUUCAAACACGAGCUUCAGAAUAUGGAGGCAGAAGAAAGCAGCGCCGUCACUUUGCAGUGUGAGCUCACCAAACCCAACGUGCCGGUGGGUUGGAAGAAAGGACCUACCCCUCUCUCUCCUAGCUCGAAAUAUGAAAUGAGGCAGCGGGGCUCCAUUGCUGAACUGGUCAUUCAUGACUUACAACUGGAAGAUUCAGGAGAAUAUACCUGUGACUCUGGCGAUCAGCAGACGACUGCGGCAGUGGCCGUACAUGCCCUGCCAGUUGUAUUUAAGCAACCUCUUCAAAACAAGGAGGCUGAGGAAGGAGGGACCGCUGCAUUAUGUUGUGAGCUCUCAAAACCCAAUUUUCCUGUGGAAUGGAGGAAAGGAGGUCUGGGGCUCCGGCCCAGCGAUAAGUAUGAAAUGAGACAGAGGGGAUGCUCUGUAGAGCUCUUAAUACACAACCUCAGACUAGAAGACACGGGAGAGUACAGCUGUGAUACUGGGGAUCAAGAAACAAAGGCUUCGCUAAACGUGAAAGCCCUCCCAGUUCUGUUCAGAAAGAAGCUCCAAGACAAAGAAGCAGAAGAAGGAGCUUCAGUAAGACUUGAGUGUGAGCUGACAAAGGCCAAUGCAGUUGUGGAAUGGAGGAAAGGCACCGUGGACCUCUUCCCAUGUGCCAAAUAUGAACUGAAAUUGCAGGGUCACGUCGCUGAACUUGUCAUUCACAACGUGGAACCAGGAGACGCCUCUGAUUACACUUGCGACACUGGAGACCAGCAGAGCACGGCAGUCCUCAGAGUGAACGCCAUCAAACCCCAGUUCACGCGGCAGCUGAAGAACGAGGAAGCAGAAGUUGGAGGAAAAGUCAAACUCCGCUGUGAGGUCACGAUCGCUAACGCUACAGUGGAGUGGGAGAAAGACGGCACGGUGCUUCAGUCCGGUCCCAAGUAUGAAAUGAGACAAGACGGUACCAUUCACGAGCUGCAUAUACAUCGCUUGGAGUCAGCGGAUGCUGGAGAGUACUCCUGCAUUGCUGGGGAGCAGAUGAGCACUGCAGUGUUGACUGUGAAGGAACCUGAUGUGACCAUCGUUAGUGGCCUGAAGAACAUGGUGGUUUUUGAGGAAGAAGACGCCGUGUUUCAGUGCAAGGUGUCUCACGAGAAUGCAAAGGACGUGGAGUGGAAGCUACAGGAUGUUGCGCUGCAAAGCAAUGAAAUGAAUGAGAUCUCUGUGGAGCAAGGCAAGAUUCACACGUUGAGACUGAGGAAGGUCACCCAGCAGGAUACGGGCACCAUCACUUUCCGAGUGGGGCCAUACACAUCCACAGCAGAGCUCACCGUGAAAGCAUUGCCCCCGGUCUUCAAAGAGAAGCUAAAGAACCUAGAUAUGCAGGAGGACGGUACGGCUGUCUUAGCGUGCCAGGUCUCUCAGCCCAAUGUCUCAGUGGAGUGGAGGAAGGGCUCCCAAGUGAUUUCUUCAAGUACCAAAUACGAAAUCAGGCAAGAAGGGAUGACCCAUACAUUGAAGAUUUAUAAUUUAAAACCAGAAGACUCCGGAAAAUACACUUGUGAUAACGGAAACCAGCAAACGACAGCCCUGUUAACUGUCCAAGGCAUCCCAGCACUAUUUGAAAAAACCCUCCAGAACCAAGAAGCCGAGGAGGGCUCCACUGCCACCCUGCAUGCCGAGCUCUCAAAACUCGAUGCGCCAGUGAAGUGGCGAAAGGGCUCAGUCCUGCUCCAAAGCGGUGCCAAGUAUGAGAUGAGGCAGUCGGGAUCCAGUGUGGAGCUCCUGAUUCGUGACGUGCAGCUGAAGGAUGCCGGAGACUACACCUGCGAUUCCGGCGAUCAGCAGAGCACUGCAUCGCUGCUGGUAAAAGCUUUGCCAGUGCUUUUUAUACAACCGCUGCAGAAUCAGCAAGCGGAAGAGGGUGGCACCAUCACCCUGAGCUGUGAGAUCUCUAAACCCAACGCCCCUAUCAAGUGGAAGAAGUCAGGGAAAUUGCUGCAGCCCAGUGACAAGUAUAAGAUGCACCAGUCAGGCCUCGUGGCCGAGUUGACAAUUUGUAACCUGAAGGAAGGCGAUGCUGGGGAGUACACCUGCGACACGGGAGACCAGCAAACCACUGCAGCACUGUCUGUGAAAGAGCCAGCAGCAAGCAUAGUGGAGGUGCUAAAGGACAUCACCUUGUAUGAAGGAGAGGACGCCGUGUUCGAAUGCAGGCUCUCCCAGGAGAACGUCCAGGACGCGCAGUGGUGCCUGGGAGGGGUCCCUCUCCAGGUCAAUGAAAUGAAUGAGAUAAAAGUGCAAGGGAAGCUUCACACCCUGACCCUGCGGAGGGUCACGCUAGAAGACUCCGGUCCCAUCAGUGUCAAAGUGGGGGCUCAUACCUCCGAGGCCCAGCUCACAGUGCAAGAGGCCCCAGUAACAUUUGUACGACUGCUCCAGAGCCUGGAAGCCCAGGAGGGCGAUUCAGCAGCUCUGCGCUGUGAUGUGUCCAAGCCUGACGUUGCUGUGCAGUGGAAGAAAGAUGCAUCCCUGAUCCAGUCCAGCAAGAAGUUUGAGAUCAAGAAGGAAAGGACUACACAUACUCUGAUCAUUCAUGAUUUAAAGCCUGAGGACACAGGGGAGUAUAGCUGUAGCACAGCUGACACAAAGACAACUGCCAACCUUGAAGUUAAAGCCCUACCUGUGCUUUUCAAACAUUGGCUCAAGAACGAGGAAGUCGAGGAAGGGUGUACGGCAGCACUGCGCUGCGAGCUGACAAAGCCCGGCGCUCCGGUGGAGUGGAGGAAGGGAGACGUGGUGCUCCGGCCCAGCAACAAGUAUGAGCUGAGGCAAGAAGGGACUUUUGUGGAGUUGUUCAUCUACGAUGUGGGCCUUCAGGAUGCCGGGGAGUAUACGUGCGAUUCGGGAGAUCAACAGACCACCGCAGCACUGCAGGUGAAAGUCCUACCCGUCCUGUUUAAAGAGGACCUGAAUAACGUGGAGUCAGAAGAGCAGGGAACAGCUGUCCUCCAGUGUGAGGUCUCCAAGCCCGAUGCUCCUGUUGAGUGGAGGAAAGGCGCAGUGGUGCUUCAGCCCAGUGACAAGUAUGAGAUGCGGCAGAAAGGCUCCCUGGUUGAGCUAAUUAUUCAUAACUUGGAGGCGAAGGAUUGUGGCGACUACACGUGUAGCACUGGAUAUGAGAUAACCCGAGGUUCAGUGUCUGUUCAUGAAGAGGAAGUACAGAUAGUUUGUGCUUUAAAGAACACGGAUGUCUUUGUGGCGGAGGCAGCCACAUUCACCUGUGAGCUGUCGCGCCCAGGCGUCCCGAAUGUACAGUGGUGGCUUGAUGGAGCUUUCCUUCAGAACAACUCUAUGAAUGAAAUCUCAGUGCAGGAUGGGAAAAUCCACACUUUAACCCUAAAGGACCUGGGGUCCAAUGAUUCGGGGACUGUCACCUUCAGAGCUGGGUCCCUCGUAUCUUCAGCUAAAUUAGUAGUCAAAGAUCCAACCAUUGAGGUGGUCAGUCCAAUGCAGGACAUUACCGUUGAUGAAGAUGGCACGGCAGAGUUCAUAUGCCAGUACUCUAGGCCAGUGCAGGCCACGUGGAAGAAAAAUGAUCAGGAAGUUCAUGCAGAUGGGCAACGAGUCAUUGUGGAGCAGGACUGGAAUGUAGCCAAGCUAAAAAUUAAACCUGCGCUUCCAGAAGACACUGGCAUCUAUUCUUGUGAAGCUGAAGGCACUAGAGUGGUGGCUAUGCUUGAUGUUCAAGCCAAGAACAGUAUUAUGCAGGGUUUGGAGAACGUGGAAGCAGUGGAAGGUGGUGAAGCCCUGUUUGAAUGCUACCUUUCCAAACCAGAGACCUACAAUUAUAACUGGCUGAUUGAUGACGAGCCUGCCAAAACCACAGAAAACGUUGAGAUGGUUUACUUUGAAAAUGGGCGCAGGCAUCUCCUCCUGUUGAAGAACCUCACUCCCCAGGACAGCUGCAGGGUGACAUUCAUGGCGAGCGAUGCAGUGACAUCCGCCUUCCUGACUGUGAAAGGAUGGCGCCUAGAGUUUUUGAAGCCUAUAGUUGAUACUGAAGUCCUGGCUGGGGACCAAGCUACAUUUAGCUGUUUUUUAAGUGAAGCAGUGCCAGUCAGUGAGAUUGCCUGGUAUAUUAAUGACAUGGAGAUCCAACCUGAUGAGAACUGGGAAAUCCAGGUAGAUGGUAACAGCUAUAAACUGAUCCUAAAGAAAGCCCAACUGCAUCAUUCUGGAGAGGUGACGUUUGCAUCAAGGGAUGCCAUUGCAUCAGCCAAGUUAUCUGUAGUAGCCCUCCCUGAUCCCCCUGAAGAUCCAGAGAUUGUAAGUAAGAGCAGCCAUUCUGUAACUCUGUCCUGGUUCACCCCCCUGAGCAACGGCGGCUGUGGCAUCCUAGGCUACAAUGUUGAGAGGAAACCCCCAGAUAGUGGUUGGCAGCUGUGCAAUGAGGAAGUUAUUCCAAACACCGAGUUUGUGGUCGACAACCUCAGGCCGGGAGAGCCCUACCGAUUCCGCGUUGCCGCCGUCAACAAAGUGGGUGUUGGCAAACCGGUGCACAUCCCUCAGACCGUGCAGCUAGAGCCUCCAGUUACGAUCACUCAUCAUUUAGUCGGCACAUCAGUCUUGGAAGGGGAGGUGGCCCGCUUGGAGUGUGAGUUAUCCAGAGAAACCCGGGAGGCGGUUACCUGGCUCAAAGGAAAAGAACGCAUACACGCUGGAGGAAGAUAUGAAAUAAUCUCUGAGGGCAAGAAACAGGCACUCCUUAUUCAUGCAUUCAAGCCUGAAGACCAAGGCUUGUACACCUGUGUAGCUUCACCAGACGUCAAGUCCUCUGCCAGCUUGUCUCUUGAAGUUCCCACAGUGGCCAUGCUAAAAGAGAUCGCCCAGGAAGCACCCCCCGUGAGCAAACCUGAAGAGAUGGUAGAUGGUCAGAUCCAGCCCAGCUUGCCACCGGAGGCUGCUCAGGAGGGCGACUUGCACCUGCUUUGGGAAGCUCUGGCCAAGAAGCGAAGAAUGAGCAGGGAGCCGACCCUGGACUCCAUCAGCGAAGUGCCUGAAGAGGAUGAUAAGCUGCAGAAAGCGAAGAAGGAAGAAGCCGAGAUGUCUCAUUAUUACUCAGAGGAGUACUCCACAUGCGACGAGCUGACUCGAACAGGAGAAGCAGACUUUUCCUUGACAAGCUCAGAUGACGAGUCUAGGGCUGGGACACCUUCACUUGUGACUUACCUCAAAAAAGUUGGGAAAUCUAGCAUUAGCAUCAGCGGCAAGGUUCAGACCAUCUCCACUAGUAAAACCUCGAAAGAGUGGGAGCAGUCUGGUGAUGAGGCUCGUGUGCCUGCACCACCUCCCACUCAGGCUGAGCCAGAAGCCCAAACAGAAGAGUUAGAUGAUCCUUCCAUGAACAAGGCAGCUGUGAAAAUUCAGGCUGCAUUCAAAGGGUACAAAGUGAGGAAGGAGAUCAAGCAGCAAGAAUGCCCUGUGUUUGUUGAGACCUUCAAGGACUUUAAUGGGGAGCUGGGGAGCACCCUCCAUCUCGAGUGCCUGGCCCAGAGCAAAACCGAUAUGAAGGUCCAUUGGCUGAAGGACAGGGAAGAGCUUUCCGAUGGGCGCCACUAUCACAUAGAUAAUUACAGCGAUGGGACCUGCUCCUUGAUCAUCACUGGCCUAGACAUGCAGGACACAGGGACUUACACCUGUGAGGCAUCCAAUAAGUUUGGGAAGGUUUCUCACAGUGCAAAGGUGGUGGUCAGCAGCCCGGUGCCGGAGGUGCCUCGUAAGCACAAGCUGGCAAAGCACGUCAAGGACAGCGAGACCGACAGCUCCUCCGGCAGCGAACUGGAUGACGCCUUCCGCAAAGCAGGAAGGAGACUUCAUAAGAUCUUCAAAUCCAAGAUCCCCACGGAGAUAUCAGACGUGGAGGAAGAGCUGUUUGUCAGCGCAGAUGAAGGGGACAAAGAAGUGGUGGAUCACCAGACGUACCGCGAGGACGAUCGAUACAUCUACAUCAAGUUCGAAAUCAUGGCGGAGGCAAAAACAGCCGCUAGCCGCUUCCAAGAGAUGUUUGCUGCUCUGGGUAUCCCUGUAGAGAUCGACAUCCUGGACCAGGGCCCUAAGAAAAUUGAGCUGCGCAUCGGGAAAGCAACGCCGCCUGCCCGAGGUCAGAUUCCAGCUCUAGUCAAAAGACCUCCACCCCCUCUGCUGACUUCUGAUACAGCUCCCAUCUUCAUAACUGAGCUCCAGAACCAAGAGGUGCAGGAUGGCUAUCCAGUCAGCUUUGACUGUGUUGUUAUCGGCAAACCUCUGCCCACUGUACGCUGGUUCAAGGAUGGGAAAGUCCUUGAAGAAGAUGAUCAUUAUAUGAUCAAUGAAGACCAAGAAGGCUGCCACCAGCUUAUCAUCACAGCUGUAGUCCCUACGGACAUGGGCGUCUACCGCUGUCUUGCUGAAAACAGCAUGGGAGUGGCUUCCACCAAGGCUGAAUUGAGAGUGGACCUGACCAGUACUGACUAUGAUACAGCAGCAGAUGCAACAGAGACAUCAUCUUAUUACAGUGCCAAAGGAUACGUCUCAAGCCGGGAACAAGAGGAGUCCACCACUGAAGAGGAGCAGCUGCCUCAGAUCCUAGAUGAGCUUCAUGAUAUUCAUGUAGCUCCUGGGGCACCCUUGGCUAAAUUUCACGUGAAGGUGAAAGGGUACCCAGAACCUCGCCUUUACUGGUUCAAGGAUGGGCAGCCAUUACAUGCUUCAGACCGAAUCCUAAAGACUGAGAAGAAAGAUUUUAAUGCGCUGGAAGUUCUCAGUGUCACGAAGGAAGAUGCCGGUCAAUACUCAGCAUUUAUUACCAACUCUGCUGGCUCUGCAUAUACCUCAGCCAGACUGGUGGUCAAAGAUCCUGAGGAGAAGGAAGAACCACCAGAAACAGAUGUCCAAGAACAGCUGGUACCACCCAGGUUCCUGGAAAGAUUCACCAACAAGAGAGUGAAGAAAGGUGUAAGCAUCACCUUCUCAGUGAAGGUUGAAGGAAACCCACUGCCCAGCAUUACUUGGCUGAAAGAAGAAUCUAAGGAAGAUGUCCUCUGGAUCAAGCCGGAGACCCCGGGGUACAAACUCGCCAGUUCCAACAUGCAUCACAGCCUGAUCCUGCUGGAUGUUGGAAAGAAGCACAGUGGGACCUACACUUGCAUUGCCACCAACACGGCUGGCCAGUCCAUCUGCACCGCCUCCCUCGACGUUCUGGACGUAAAAGAGGCUGAAGUUCUGACGAAGGAGCGCAUAAUGGUGACAGAAGCCGUAAUGACCACGCUAGGGUACGAUGGAGACAGGGACAGAAAAGAACAUGGAAUUGGCAUCUCUGUCCUGCCUCCUGAACCAGGCAAAAGAGAGCUUUUAGAAGGUGAAGCUGGUAGAGAAGGUGUGUCCAGAAGUCAAAUUUCAUUAUCUGAUGUUGGAACGGAAGAAUUCCUCCAGAAACUCACCUCCCAAAUCACAGAAAUAGUGUCUGCAAAAAUAAGUCAGGCCACGCUUCGUGUACCUGGGGCAGACAGUGAUGACGAGUCCAAGACCCCGUCACCAUCUCCGCGUCAUGGCAGGUCCAGACCUUCGUCGAUCGCUCAGGAAUCCUCUUCUGAAUCUGAAGACGGGGACGCGAGAGGGGAGAUCUUUGACAUCUACAUGGCCACAGCCGACUACAUGCCCAUUGGAGGUGAAAGGGAAGCCAUUGUUCUGAAGGAAGGCCAGUAUGUGGAAGUCCUCGAUUCAGCUCAUCCCCUGAAGUGGUUAGUCAGGACCAAGCCCACUAAAUCCAGCCCCUCCCGGCAAGGAUGGGUUUCUCCAGCAUAUCUAGACAAGAAGUUGAAGCUGUCCCCUGAGUGGGGAGUGCCAGAGGUUCCUGAGUUCCCUGGAGAGUCUCUGUCUGAAGAUGAAUAUAAGAAGAAGCUGAACCUUAUUAUUCAGGAACUACUGAAUUCAGAGGAGGAGUUUGUCAAAGAUCUGCAGUUCCUCCAGACUCACCAUCUGCACCACAUCGAGACCUACUCCAGUGUCCCAGCGCCUGUGGCUAGUCAGAAGUCCAUCAUCUUCAGAAAUGUCAAUGACAUUGCUCACUUCCAUUGCAGCGCUUUCUUCCCAGACCUGAAGAAAUGCGACACUGAUGAUGAUGUGGCCAUGUGCUUCAUUAAGAACGAGGAGGAUUUUGAUAAGUACAUCCAGUAUCUGGUGGGACGGAUACAGGCUGAGUCCGUCAUUGUCAGCAAAGCUGUUCAGGACUUCUACAAGAGAUACUCCGAGGAAACGUUAGCUAGCGAGGAUCCGUCUCAGCCACCUGUCCCCCCACUGCAGCACUACCUGGAGAGACCCAUAAACAGGAUCCAGCAGUAUCAAACUGUAAUCAAGGAAUUAAUCCGGAACAAAGCAAGAAAUCGGCAAAACUGCGCGCUGCUGGAACAGGCUUAUGCCAUUGUAUCGGCACUCACCCGGAGAGCAGAAAACAACCUCCAUGUCUCACUGAUUGAGAACUACCCAGGGACGUUGGAGAUCCUUGGAGAACCUAUUCGACAGGGUCACUUCAUUGUGUGGGAAGGAGCACCAGGAGCCAGAAUGGCAUGGAAAGGUCACAACCGCCAUGUCUUCCUCUUCAAGAGUUACGUUCUGAUAUGCAAACCCAAACGGGACACCAAGACAGACACCUAUACCUACACCUUCAAGAACAUGAUGAAGCUGUCAAACAUAGAUGUGAAUGACCAAGUGGAAGGAGAUGAACGGGCCUUUGAGAUCUGGCAUGAGCGAGAAGACUCAGUCCGCAAGUACCUACUUCAAGCUCGUACAGUCAUCAUCAAGAACUCCUGGGUGAAAGAAAUCUCUGGCAUACAGCAGCGUAUCAGCCUGCCUGUGUGGAUACCUCCGGACUUUGAGGAAGAGCUGGCUGACUGUACAGCCGAGCUGGGCGAAACGAUCAAGUUGGCCUGCAAAGUUACAGGAGCCCCUAAGUCAGUCAUCAGCUGGUAUAAAGAUGGCAAACCAGUGGAGGUGGACCCACAUCACAUUAUAAUAGAAGAUCCUGACGGCUCAUGCACAUUGAUCUUGGACAAUCUGACAGGUGUCGACUCAGGACAAUACAUGUGCUUUGCGGCCAGCCCUGCCGGUAAUGCCAGUACGCUAGGAAAGAUCCUUGUUCAAGUGCCACCAAGGUUUGUGAGCAAGGUUAGAAAUGCUUAUUAUGUUGAAGGAGAAGAUGUUCAGUUCACCUGUACCAUCGAAGGAGCACCUUUCCCACAAAUCAGGUGGUUCAAAGAUGAUGCCCUGCUGACCGAUCCCAGUAAAUACCAGACUUUCAGUGAGCCACGGAGUGGCGUGUUAGUCCUGGUGAUCAAAAACCCCUCUAAGGAAGACGUGGGAUACUAUGAAUGUGAGCUGGUGAACAGAUUAGGGUCAGCAAAGAGCGGAGCAGAACUUUACCACCAGAGCAUGGCAUUGCUGACCCAGGAGCGGAGAGGAGACCAGGCCAUCACCAUAGAAGUCACUGAACAAGAGACUAAAGUGCCCAAGAAAACCAUCAUCAUAGAGGAAACGAUAACAACCGUGGUGAAGACCCCAAGGCAAAAGCGAAGGCUGUCUCCUGCCCGUUCUCCCUCAGGACACUCUCCAUCUCGCUCUCCACGAUCAGAGCUAUCAACGCCAGAGCCCGUUUACAUUUCGAAGGUCCAGCAGCCUGUACACAAGCAGGAGAAAGAGGCGGUGCUGAAAGGCGCCAUCCCUGUGCUUUUUGUGACGGAGCCAGAUGAAAGACAAGGAGCGGCAUCUAGAGACAUCAUCAUAGAAGCCAAGGUGGAAGAACAGAAACCCAAAUGGGUCGAAGUGGAGGAAAUCAUUGAAUUCAAGGUGAAAAAACCACAAAAAACUACAAGGAAGAGAGGAGCAUCUCCAGUGAAACAAGAAAAAGAUGACUCUGGUGUGCUAACAUUUACUCUGCCUGGUCCCAGACCUAGGCAUUCCCCAGAAGAUGAUCCAAACACUAAUAACUCCAACAAUAAAUUAGUAGAGCAAGCCAAGUCUUCCCUUCCUACUGACAGUCUUUCAGAAGUUGACAUCCCUCCCCUUGCCUAUGGAGAUGACCAGGAAGGAGAUCCAGUCAGCAGUGAUAACAUGAGUUCUCAGUGUGGGCCUGAACAGUUAGGCAGCACUUCUUUUAUUGAUUAUGGGACUGAAGGAAAGACCUGCACACAGGAAGUAAGUGAGAGCAGUGGUUCAGAAACUACUUCCCCACUGCUUGCCUGUGGGGGUGAACCCUUAGCCUUUAGCUUUGAGACAGCUGAUGUAAGGAAACAUGACCUCCUACCUUCGCAAGCAAGUGUGGAGGUUAAAGAAGACGCUGAUGAUGAGUUAGAAGUACCGUGGACUGCUGAAAAGGGAGAUCAGGAGCCAGUACAAGAUGAGGGUCUUCCAGAAGGAGAAAAUAUUGUUAUAAUUGAUGAGCCAGAAGAACUAGAAAGAGAUGAUAUUAGCAACUGGGACCCCAAAAUCCUGACCCACAAUGGGAAGGCGUUGACUCUGGAAGACCUUGAAGACUACGUUCCUGAAGAAGGCGAGACAUAUGGGUGCGACAAUCAGAACUACACCAGAGACAAACCUUGUGAGAUCUCUGUGCUUCAGACAGAAAUUAAUGAACCGACCAUUGGGAAGCCGGUGCUGCUGAAUCUGGGGAGAUCUGUGGCUCCUAAACCAAAGCAAAGCUUCUUCAGCAAGUUCAAGGAGCACCUUCCCGGAGGCAUGUUCAUGUCAGCAUCAAGAGUAACAGGAAUGCAGUCCAUGGGUCCGUCCAACGUUUCCUUCCACGUGAGUGAAACUUGCACAGCAGCAACAGCACCUGGCGUAUCGCCGGGCCCCUCCUUUGAAAUGAAACCAUCCUUCUGUACCGAAGUCCAGCUCUCACCGGACAAUGGACAAUCCAGCUUUAAAACUGAAGUUUCCACCAGAACCCUCAGUUAUGGAACUAUCGGAGAACCCGUUAUGUUGCACAUCAGCACGGAGGACCCCUCCCAAAGCUGAGCAGAUACAAGCCUGAUCCUUAAAAUAAAGCAAUAUGUAAAUAAGUAACAAGCAAGCAAAUGAACAAAGGUCUAGGAUGGGAGGAAUGAGUGGUGAGAAGCACAAAGAAGAAAAGAAAAAAAAAAAAACAACCCCGAAACCUGUGGGCAAACGUGUAAUGUGGUGAUGUAGAGCUUUUCUAGUCUUAAUGGGAACAUUUCUGUCAGUUCAGGUUGUAACGAAAAAGCUUUUGGAGAACACAUAUCAUUCCAAGCAACAGUGACAGUCAGGUACAAUAGAUGUAGGAAAGCCUGCUUCUCCGACUUAUGACAAAAAUACGAAAUAAAUAAAUAAGAACAAUUUUAUUUGAGAGGUUAAAGAUUACUUUAGGUGUCAGACUUCCAGGUUACAGUGUGGCAAGAAGGUCAAGAGAUCUCUGGGCCUUUUAGGAAUCAAGAGAAGGAAGGGUAGUGUCAUCUAAACAUGUCUCCUGUCACUGUUCAUGCCAGAGGGGUUAUAAGGGCUUACGCUGUUUUAAUUUCACUAAGUACUGAUGACACAACUUAGCCCUACCAAAAACAUGUUCAUAAACCUUUUAAAAUGAGCUCUCUUUAAAUUAUUUUAACAUUUGCUAUGGAAAACAACCUAUGGAAGAUCCUAUGCUUAUUAAUAAACUACCCCACUCACUUUAGCGACGGCUAAAACGUUUUGAUUGCAAUCCUGCCCCAACCGAAGUCAACUGCAAGACUCCCAUUGACUUCAGCAGGGGCAGGAUUUCACCCGUUGGUACAACAUUGUUCUAUUAAAAAGACCAUCCUUGUUAAACACCUGCUCUUUGAUUGUUCCUGACAUAGUUGCAUAAAGGCACAGGCUUCACAACUCGGCAGCCUGUUUUCAGGCUCAGUAGAUCUGUCUGCCCUGUAAAAUCAGAUACAGCUUUGUGUUACUUGCAUGUAAGAAAAAAAUCUGGUGAAUGAAACGGAAUGUGCAAUUUAAGGUAGUAUAUAUCAUUCAAACCAAGGCAUGUGGAGAGCCACAAAUGAAUUAUUUUGUUGAAUGAUUAAUUACUGUAAGCAUAAAGAGUUUUCUGUACAUAUUAAUGGUUAAAUAGUGCCAUUAAAAAUGAAUGGUUAGAGUCUCCAAAUAUACAGAAAUUUACCGGUGAGCCAGAUCAAAAUAACAGGAGUGCAACCCUCAUCCAGUAAAACCCUCUUUAGCUAAUAACUAAAUACAUAAGCUAGAUAGUUAACGGACAUUGUGCCAUAAGCUUUUUCCCGGGUUUCAAUGUUUUAUGCUCACUGAAAACACUGCCAGUACAAGAUGUGUAGUGAACUCUCAAGUGUUUACAUUCAGUUAUGUUGUAGAGGUCACCCUUUAUCAUAGACUACUUUUUCUUUCUCUAGAGCAUUGAUGCGAGAGAUUUAGUAUGUAUGGUGAUGCCUAUUUCAUUAAUGGCAUGAUUCUGCAAGGUGUUGAGUACUCUGAGAGGUGCUACGCACUCUUAACGCCCAUUGACUUCAAUGAAAAUGGUGCUAGGCACUCUCAACUCCCAUUGACUUCAAUGAAAAUUGAUGCUGCAUAGCAGUUUCAAAAACCCUUUGCAGGAUUGAACUGUUAGGACCACAUCUUGAUCAUACUUGAAGUCAGUGGAAACUUUUCCAUUGAUUUCAAUAAGACCAGGAAUUGGCUGUAAGGUAUCUGGCAUUGCUCUGUGACAGAAGGUAUGAGAAAAAGACGCAAACCCUUAUUUAAACUGAGUUACACUGUAAUGUUGCUAGAGAACACCAACUUUUUGUCUGGAUGUUACAGAAUAACCAGGAUAUUACAGAAAUGCUGAGACACAGUUCACUUGAUAACCAUCUUAGAGCGGACUGAAUUUUCUCUUUGAAAUGUUGACGGGUGAUGUUCUGUCUUGACGUUCUCUAACUAGAUAAUAUAUGAAACUUGUUCAGGAAUUGUUCAGGAAUCUUCUUAAAAUGAUUUAACUUAAGAAAGGUGCCUUCUCGGAAAUAACGAUGAUUAUCUUGAUUGCUGCACCUUGAAGAUAUGGUGACUAAAAUUAAUUAAGUCAUUUUACAUGCUUUUUUUUUUUAUUUUCAGUAUCUAAAAGGUAUAUUUUAUCCAAUAAUGGGCACUACAUUUUUGACAUUUGGAUAUUUCUCAGUGACUACAUGUGGUGAAAGAAAUCAAACCUAUUUUAUGUUACUAUCAUAUUUUUCAUAACACCUCAUUGGUUUACACUGUAUAUUUUAUCAUUGAGCUAUACAAUACCUAAAAAGUAGUGCUUCCUCACCUAUGAGAAAUAUUGCACUGUAUACUGUACAUUGGAAAGUAACUGAUAUACACUGAGGAAAUACUUCUGAACUGAAAAUACUUCUUUUUUUUUAUUAGGCCAGAUUCUGAUCUCAGUUUUUCCAAUAUCAAGCUUCAGUAAUUCCACUGAAGUUAGUGGGUUUACUUGAGAUUUAUAUUGAAGGAUGAAUUUUGCCUAUAAUAGUCUGUAAGUAAGAAUAAAAAUAAAGAUGUUAGGUCCGCCAGUAUACAAAGGAACAUGGGGAUAAUGUUAGCCGGGUCUGAUUUUUGCUGAGUAAUGAUUUUGUUACUGAUGCUGUAGAGUUGCAUUUCAGGGCAUAGGAAAGAAAUAGUUAUAUUUCUGUUAUUAACCAAAAAUAAAAUAACAUCUGU